CGCGCUAAAAAUUGUCAUCAGUAGGCCCCAUGACUUUUGGCAAGCAUGCAAACGCACGCUUGGUUACAAGCAUCACCUGCUCUGAAAGUUUCAUCGUCAUAUGGUGUCGACUUGGCUGGCUUGUCCCUGAUCCACUUCCAGGUUCUACUGAUGAAGCUGAGAAAUCAGUGUCUUCUGACAGUCCUUUUAGUGUGUUUGAAGAGGAUGGGGCAUUUUCUCCGAUUGAUUUACACGCUUGGGAAAGAUUUUCAUUCUCAGAAAUGUCACGUUUUCCUACAUUGUACUUAGCUGUACGAAAUUUAGUUCUUUGUUUAUGGUUUCAUAAUCCCAAACGCCUAAUAACCAGUAAAUUUGCAGCUAAUCACUGUUUUGUCCGGGGCUUACUACGUAUAGUUUUGUGUGAACACUGGAUACCACAUCUAAUUGAAGAAUUUACAUGUCGUGGUCUUAUCAACGUUGGUGUUUGUCAAAUAGAUCCGUUUGAUCUAGCGGUAGAGAGUGACCAGAUUGUCACUGGUGUUUCCAAAGAACAACAGCAACAACAACAAAUUCCUUCAAAAUUUCAAUUACGAUUAAUCGGUGAUUCAGAUUUGACAACUGCUGUAACUAUCCGUCAACUAUGGAAUGCACUUUAUCUACAUCAGUUACAUGUUCAAUCUAGUCAACAUGUUCAGUCACAACAACAAAAGCUUUAUUUCCCUGUAUCUAUCAAAUCAGUACCUUCUCCUAGUGUUGUUAGUGUAUUGUCAACAUUUACAAAUUCGUUAAAUAAUAACAAGCUUGCAGAAUUAAUGAUCCAGUUUUCCACUUUGAAUAAUACUAUUCAGAGCACUGUUGAAUUGUUUACAAACAAUGGAUUCGAUAAAAAUAUAUGUAAUAAUAAUAAUAAUAAUAAUAAUAAUAAUAAUAAUGGUGAGAUGAAAAACUUAACAUCAAAUGUUAUAAUGUUAAAAAGGUCCAAACAAUAUCCUGUUUUAUCUAUCCCAUCUUUAAUGUCUCCUGUUCAAAUCGAUGAAAAUAAGAAUUUAUCAGGUAUAUUUGUACCACUACAUUCAUGGUCAGAUCGCAUCUAUACUUAUCCACAUCAUCCUGUGUCGAUAUUUGCUUGGCAAACAGGUUUGGAACUACAUCCUAUUGCAAAAUGUCUACUUUUACAACCGUCGUCAAGUGGAUUUGUAAUUGAUAAUAAUAAUAAUUCUGAUGAGGAUAAUAAUAUUAAUAAAUUCACACUUAUUCCAUCGAGUCAAUCUGUUCGUAUAGAAUUUCAUGUUGAAGCUAUCUUAGACUUAGUUAUUCAACUUUAUUCAGAUAAAACAAAUGCUGAGAUCAAUCCGAAAUUAGAAGAAAUGGAAGGAGUGGAUCUUGUUACUGACAUCAAUAAGAUUGAUAAUAAUACUGUAUUGAAAUCCAUAACUCAUAGAUUGCUUGACAGAACUUCCUCAGUUGAAGAUUGCUGGGAUGAAAUGGAUGCAGAAGUUCGAAAACGCUUAACUGAUUUAACUGGAAACUCAAUUGAACAAAGUUUGAUUGAAUACUUUUUAGCUUCUGUUGAAUAUGAUUUAACCGAACCGUUAACAACAAAUUUUACAGAAUUAUCAAAGUCAUCAUCUAUGCGAUAUUUACAACCACUAACAGCUCGUUUAGAUCAAUUACCAGUGUGUUGUUUUAAUGAGAAAACUGUCACAUCGACAACAGUAACAGCAGAGUUUAGUCAACAACAAUCAAACAAUUUAAAUAGUCAUAAUGAAAAUCUCACUGCCUAUGUUAUUCGUACACCGUCAUCAAUUAUGAAUUGUACUAAUGAAUCAAACAAUUGUUUGAUUCCAGGUCCUAUAAAUUAUUUACGGAAUUGUUUGAUGAAAGAUAUUAAUGAAAAUAUUACUUGUGAUGAUAAUGGUUUGAAUCAAUUAAUCUCAAUUAUUUUAGAAAAUAAUGAUUUCAAUGUAAAUACUGGUUCAUUAUCAUCCUCCUCAGAUGACAAUAUCAUCGAUGUUAAUAGUUCAAUGCAUAUUGUUUCCACUCCGUUGAAACAGUUUAAUUCUAUUGAUAACAAUAAUAAUAAUUAUACUAAAGAGAAAGUUAUUUCAGAUGAUUUGAAAAGUAUUCGUUUAAAUUAUACCAAUGGAACUGAACUUGUUGAUUGGGUAAUCGUGACAACUCCCAUUGAUCGAAUCCGUCUAUACUUUGUGCCCAAAUCUUUGGUAUCAAACGACAUGUUAAACCACUCUGUCCAAUAUUCAAAACAAACAUACCUAUCAAUCUGUUUACCCCCUUAUCUUCGGUCCUUUUUGAUUGAUGAACACUAUUUACUCAAGAAUGAACCAUACACUCUAGAUGUAAAUCGCUCAGUAGACAAGAAUAUUGGUCAAUACUCAACAAAUGCUCGCUUAAUUACUAUCACAUUAGUUUAUUCGUCAAGUUGGUGGAGACAAUAUACUACUGAACGUUUUGUGAAUUCUGAUCCAAGCCAUACAGUCUCAUCUCAUGGAGAUAGCUUCAGUGAAUUAUUCUCAUUCCUUCCAGAUACUCGGGAAAACCGAGGGUUUUGUCAUGUGUUUCGUGAUCUACGUCCGGAUAUUAACUCUCCAGGGAUUUUACAAACUCAAUUGUUCGCAGCUUCAGCAGAUCAUUGGUGGGAUAAAACAGAUGUACUUUUACAGACUGCUGUGGAUCGAUAUUUAAAGACUCAUUUCAUGAUAUCAUCGUCAACAGAAGAAUCUCAAUUUUCUGAUCGAUUUCAUUUAUUAUCUUCAUAUGUCGCUCGUUUACAAGCUCCCAAUAUGAAUUACUCGAGGGAUUGUAUAUGUGUCGUCAAUAAUGAAGAAAAUGAUUAUAAAGAACAAUGGUUUCAUGUUAAACGGUCUGCUUGGAUGGAACUUGUAAAACGUACUGGGAUACUUAUUGUAAAUUUGAUACAGAAUGAAAAUUAUAUAGAUUAUGAUAGUCGGAAAGAAAAUUGUUUACAUAUCAAUAAUUAUCAUGCUAAUUGUCUAACUACAUCAGAAAUGAUUUACACGUCAAAUCCACUUCAUUAUUCAGGUAUGGAUGCAAUGACGUCGUCAGUACAAGCGGGUUUAGAACUGGCAAACUUAACUUUACACUUGUUGCCACAUAGAAAUCAAUUCCAUUCUAAAUUCUCUUCAUUAGUAUCUACUAAUGAAACAGUAAUUAGUGUUGACGAUCAAUCUAAUGAUACAUGUGAUCCUAAUUCCAAUGAAUCAUUCAAUAAUUCACAUUCCCAUCGAUCAUUAGAUGAUGCUGAAGUCGUUAAAUCAUCAUGGGGACGUGUACAAAAUUCAAAUUGUCAAUCUCCAGAAUCCUAUUUCAAUAAUAACGCGGAAUGUUUAAGUGCACGUACUAGACGCCUUUUGAAACGAAGGCAUUCUGAAUCAGAUCAAAAUCUUAUUUGUCUUGAGUGAUACAUUAACUUAUUUUAUAUGUGUCUUACUAGUUAUUAUAACUAUUAUUACUAUGUAGACUCCUAUCAUAUAUAUAACGUUCCUAGAUGUAUAUAUUAAUAAUAACUGUACUACAAAGUGCAAUUUACCUAUUUAUGACCAAUGAGACUAGUAAUACUAUUUUAAUAAUCGGUUUCGCUUUUACAUUUAUGAGAGAUUUUAGCCAAAAAAAAUCAAGGAUGAGUGCGUUUAAAUAUGCCUACCUUUGUUUAUUUGUUCCUGUUUAAUUUUUGUUUAAAGUGUUCCACAUCUACCACGUAAUUUUCUUUGCCAAAUUAUAUUUAUCCUUUAAUAUUUUGUUAUCUACUACACAGAUGCACUUACUCCACACCUCUUUUUCUUAUUACACAUCUUAUUCAAUUUUCUCUUCACUAUGUAACUACUCUGUUUGUUUCCUUAUAUAUAUAUAUAUAUAUAUAAUCUAUGCUGUGUUUUAUUGGUUUAUGCAUUUCACACGUAUACAUGUGUAUUUAUAGAUGCAGAUAUGUGUAUAUGUAUUACCAUUUUGGUUUUCUGUAAAGAUUUUCUUUAUGUUUUCGUUAUUAUUGUUGGUUCAUUACGUAAUGAAUGUCAUGAAAAAUAUGCCAACAUUUUAAUGAAUGAGAAUGUCUUUUUCGAAUAGUAAUAUUCUUCCUUUUCAUUCAAGUGUUAUGACUCAGUUGAAUGCGAUUCGAUGUUAAAUAAUACUAAUUGCAUUAUAAAUAAUCUUUAUUGUAGAAUAAAUAAAUGGUUUAUAGAUGAGGUUAGUGUUAAAAACAGGAUUGAAUAAAAAAUUGUUAAUUUUCGAAUGAAUAAUCUUUUUAAAUACACACAAUUGAG